AUGUCUCGAUACAAACAAGGCAAACACGAAGCCAUCAUCUGGCAGCGCUUCUUCGUCCUCCUCGUCUUCGUCUUCCUCGCCCCCCUGUGCAUCUCCCCCGUCAACGCCGUCCCCUUGUCGGACGCUCUUCAGUCUUCAUCUCAGCAUGGCUUUUCCCUUGCUGUGAGGCCCAGAAGCGAUGCUUCGCGACGAGACUUUGUCCGCGACUGGGCUGCUGCCCAUCGCAGAUGGGGCCAUGGAGGAGUGCCGAAAGAGGUUGCGACCAAGUUUUCUUUGAGUGAUAGCCCUGGCCGCGUUGAUGUCGUGCCUAUGGGAAGCGACGAUAUCUACCUGGCAGAUGUGCAGAUUGGAAACCCUCCCCAGACGGUAAAGUUGGCCUUGGAUACGGGAUCCUCAGAUCUCUCCGUCAAGAUGGCUUCAUCCACCACCUCUCACCUCAUUGAGGAUGCCAAAUGGUCCGUCAUGUACAUGGACGGCACCCACGCCGGCGGCAUUGUCUACCACGACACCGUCUGGCUGGGCGACUUCAAGGUCGAAAACGCAACUGUCCAGUCCGCCAAGGCAGUCACCAGCCGCUUCGAAGAGGAGAUUGAACUGAGCGGCAUCCUAGGCUUGGCCAAGCGACUGCCCAACACCGUCGAGCCCCCGGCGCCGUCCUUUCUCAGUCUACUGCGGCAGCAGCUCAAGCAUCAGGUCUUUGGCGUCGACAUGAACAGAAACGCCUCGGGCGUCUUCACCUUUGGCUACCUCAACGAAAGCCGCGCCUCGGAAGACCUCGUCUGGGUCGACACGGACCCCGACAGCCCCCACUGGGACGUCGAGUUCAACCUGACGACCUGGGGCGCGCAGCCGACGACGCCCUGGUACUCGCAGCCCUUCAUGGCCACCAUCGACACGGGCACCACGCUCAUGUUCCUGCCCGACAACCUGGCCAGCGGAUACUGGCUGGCCGUCCCCGGCGCAAAAGUCGACCGCCAGCUGUCCGGCGCCUACUCGUUCCCGUGCGAGCUCGCCAGGGGCUUGCCUGACUUGAUGCUCAAGAUUCCCGGCACCGACCGGAUCCUCACCAUUCCCGGCCCGUAUCUCAACUAUGGGCCCUCGGAGCUCGAUCCAUCGGCUUGCUGGGGAGGGAUGCAGAGCGCCGACGGGCUCAAGGUGACGGUGCUGGGAGACAUUAUGCUCAAGGCGCUGUACUUGGCGUUUGAUCUCGACAAGGGUCGCAUUGGCUUUGCCAAGAAGGAUUUGCAUGACGUCUAUUGA